AUGCUGUCAAGUUUUACAAACCUUUCACGUGUUGGUGUGCCACGAUUGAUUAUUACGAGAUCAAUUUUUUUUCGCGAUAAGAAAUCAGAUAGUCUGCCACCAGAACCAUUCAAAAGCUCAGUGCCACCUCAUAUUGAAAAGCAACAACAGAAAGCACUCGAUGAAUAUAAAGCUAAUGAAGAUCCAUCUCUUAAAUGUUAUGUUAAUAUUAGUGAUCCAAUACCAUCUCUUGAUAUGUAUCAAACAACAAAACGUGGCCUUCAAGUACUUCUUUGGACCGAUAUGCUUAAAGGUGUGAUGAUUGCUCUUGGUUGGCUAUUACGUGAACCGACAACUAUCAACUAUCCAUUUGAGAAAGGCCCUCUUUCUCCAAGAUUUCGUGGUGAACACGCUCUGCGUCGUUAUACAUCAGGUGAAGAACGCUGUAUCGCAUGUAAACUUUGCGAAGUCAUAUGUCCUGCUCAAGCUAUUACAAUUGAAGCUGAAGAACGAGCAGAUGGUAGUCGUCGAACAACACGUUACGAUAUUGACAUGACAAAAUGUAUCUACUGUGGUUUUUGUCAAGAAGCAUGCCCGGUCGAUGCCAUCGUCGAGGGUCCUAAUUUUGAAUAUUCAACCGAAACACGUGAAGAAUUACUUUAUAACAAAGAAAAAUUACUGCAAAAUGGCGAUAAAUGGGAAGCUGAAAUAGCUGCUAACAUACAAGCUGAUUACCUUUAUCGAUAA